GGCGCAUAUGGCGCGUUACAUACAAAGUGCGAUAGCUUACAUCAUAGUUGGAUACAUACAACAUUGAAAGGACACGACGUACCCAUGAUCUAUAAUAUGGCUCGUCUCAAAGAUUACGACUGCAUCGGCUUUGAUCUUGAUCACACGUUCAUUCAGUACAGACUUGAUAAUCUUUAUCCGAUGAUAUACAGUUGUUUUGCGCAAGUCUUAGUGAAAGAAAAGGGGUACGAUUGUAGCUUGCUGGAGGAUAACUUUGAAGAUUUCAAGGAUUUCUGCUUGAAAGGUUUGGUCCUGGAUACCAUAAAGGGAAAUAUUUUAAAACUUGGAGUAGAUGGCAUUAUUUUAAGGGCUUCACAUGGUACUCAGCAGUUAACAAGGAAAGAGAUUACUGAUUAUUAUGGGGAAGAACAAAUAUGGCCAAAGUUUAGCAACCUGAAAGAAAAUCCUAUUCAGCAUUCCAACAUAUUCAGAGUGUUUGAAAAUUACUUUGAUCUUCCAGUGAUGGUUAUAUGCGCUCGUAUCGUUGACACAAUUGACAAAAAGUUUGGAAAACCAAAAGAGUAUAGUUUUUGGCCUGAUAUAAUAUCCUCUUUACGGAUAAUUUUUAAUCCAUCAUCAUUUAAAAUUGACAAACAAGAACAGUACUUUUACAACCUGAAGAGAGAUAUAUCCAAGUUUGUAAAACCUUCAACCCAGAAAAUUAUUAACUGGAUCAAGUCAAUGAAAGAGACACAACAAACAGUGUUCCUUCUUACAAAUUCAGACAUAGAUUAUACAAAUCUCCUUAUGAAUUAUGCAGUAGGAGAGCACUGGCCAGAGAUGUUUGACAUGGUUGUGUGUGCUGCAGGCAAACCAGGAUUUUUCAAGUCAGAAGAGCCACUCGUCAAGUUCCAUGAACUUGAUGGUGAAAAGGAAGUUUGCCCUGUUCAAGAGCUACAAGAAAACAAGAUGUAUAGUAAAGGCAAUCACAAGGAUUUAACCAUAUUUCUGCAAAAGCAGACAAACCAGGAUAAGCCAAAGGUCUUGUAUUUUGGAGACAGCAUCAGAUCAGAUAUGUAUCCAUCAGUGGUCUUUGGUGAUUGGAAUGUUGUCACUGUGCUAGAAGAGAUGGAAUCUGAAGGAAUGGUAAUAUGUCAAGAUCAGGAGAAUUUUCUUGAAGAUGGUCCAAAUUCCAAGAAAGCAAGACUGUCAGUGCAUGACUUGGAGAUUGAAAGCUGCAAGGAAGAGGUUCUGUUGUCAAACCAGUGGGGUUCAUUCUUUGUGCAUGCUGAUACAUGUCAAGAUAAAGUCAUUGACUGUAAAGCAGAUAGAGAUCAUGGCCUUGAGAAAAAAUGUGGAAGGAAAGAAAUGAACACUUUCUGUGGAAAUUUGAUACAGAAAUAUAGCACUUUUGUAAUUCCACGGCUAGACUUCAUUACAGAACUGCCUCUGGACUAUACAUUUGAAGCCUUCAGUCCCUCAAAGGGAGGUUUCUAUCCUGGAAGUCCAAAGUCACUUCAUUCAUGACAAAAGGAUUAAUGUUUCUUAACCUUUGGUAUGCAUGUAAUUCUCAAUCGUGUACUCACUCCUCAUGUGUCCAUUGUAGUUUCUGGUAAUCUCUGCUGUUUUGGGCUUGCUUUGCCUUUACUAUUUGCAAUGUAUGUGUAAAAUGUUCAUAUUUCCAAAUAUUUAGUGGUGUAAAUUGACCAUAUUUCAGUCCCCAUACUAUUCCUUAUAGCAUGUUCAAAUUCUCAGCAGUUCCUCACUUACAUAACACCGUGUCGCACAAUGCUGACACUUUCAUGCUCACUUCUUCUCAAGAUGUGAGCUUAGGACGCCUGUGCUUUGAUGUUAAGGCUGGAAUCAACAUAAUUAAAAAAUGAAAAAUUAUUUGACAUCUUUCUGUACCAAUCAGAAGUCAAAGCCAGGGAUGCAAAGUGACUAAAAGUGUUCAUGGUAUGCGUAGGAAAAAAGGACAAAUUCAAAAUGAACUUGUCAAUAAAUGACCUAUGGAGUGCA